CUCUCUCUCUCACACACACACACACACACACACACACACAGGCCAUAGCUUCCUGAAAAGUAUAAUCUCUCUCCUCACCUAGAACCCCACACAGCCUCUCUCGAUAGCUUCGCUUUUCUCCAUUCUCGUGUCAGACCUCUUCUCCUCCAAGCCCCUCUCUCCCUCCACUUACCCUUCCAACUAAGCAAUCCUUCAUUUCAUCGUUUACAAAGCAGAGUGUCAUCAACAUCAAACCUAACUCUCUCUUCCUCUCUCUACACUUCUCUAUGUAUUCAAUUUCAACCUCUGAGCUUAUCUUCAACGCAUCCCUAUCCUAACCAGUGGGUCCAAAGCUACAGGCCCAAAUGCAUCCAACCGCCCCACAACCACCGUCGCCGCCGCCGCAGCCGCAAACCCUAGACCACAUCAACCACCUCCUCUCUGACCUCCUCCCUUCCUCCCUCUCCAUCACCUCCUUCACCGGCCGCUGGCGACUCCUCCACUCAAAACUCUGUUCUCUCAAGUCCUCUGUGUCCGAAAUCGUUGACUCCCCUCAGUGGUCCGAAAACCCACUGGUUCAAACCCUUCUUCCCAACCUCCUCUCCACUCUCCAACGCAUCCAGACUCUCUCCCACCAAUGCUCCGACCCUUCCUACAAUGUCGGGAAGCUCCUCAUGCAGAGCGACCUCGACAUGGCCACCUCCUGGCUCUCCAAGCACAUUCAGGACAUCGAUUUGCUUCACAGAUCCGGAGUCCUCCGUCAAUCCAAUGCCAUCGUUCUCUCCCAACCCGGUCCUGGUUCGGCCAAGGAAGAUUUAGGGUUUUUCAUUCGGGACCUCUUCACCAGGUUACAGAUCGGAGGGACUGAGUUCAAGAAGAAGGCUAUGGAGCAUCUGCUUCAGCUGCUCGCCGAUGACGAAAAGUCCGCGACUUUGGUUGCCAAGGAAGGUAAUGUUGGCUAUUUGAUUCGUUUGCUCGAUCUGAGUGCAAACCCUCUGGUUCGAGAACAGGCGGCCACGGCUGUGUCGAUUCUGGCCACGGCGAGUGAUCAGUCCAGGAAAUGUGUGUUCGAAGAUGGAGGAUUGGGACCUCUGCUCAAAAUCAUCGAGUCAGGGUCGACAGCGAUGAAGGAGAAGGCGGCGAUGGCCGUGGAAGCAAUCACCGGAGAUCCUGAUAAUGCUUGGGCGAUCUCCGCCUACGGCGGUGUUCCUGUGCUGAUCGAAGUGUGUAGGUCCGGAUCUUUGGCUGCACAAUCACACGCCGUCGGAGCAAUCAGAAACGUCGCCACCGUAGAAGAUAUCAGGAACGCUCUGGGGGAGGAAGGGGUGGUCCCUGUUCUAGUCCAGUUGCUGGUCUCCGGCACCGAUUCGGCACGCGAAAAGGCUGCGAAUUGCAUCGCAAUCCUCGCUUCCUCCGGCGAGUAUUUCCGAGCUCUGAUAUUGCAAGAGAGAGGAUUGCAAAGACUGCUUCAAUUGCUUCAUGACUCCUCCAGUUCAGACACAUUGGAACAUGUCUUGCGAGCGAUUUUCAUCCUCUCGAAUUCCGAGUCGACUGCAACGAUCUUAUCAUGUUCAACUUCUUUCAUUAUACAAAUCGCAGAGCUCGUCAAGCAUGGAAACAUCCUCGUUCAGCAAAUAUCUGCUUCGUUACUCGCCAAUCUGUCGAUAAGCGACGGCAACAAGCGAGCUAUAUCGAGUUGUAUGGGAUCUCUGGUGAAGCUAAUGGAGUCGUCGAAGCCGGAUGGGUUGCAGGAGGUGGCGGCGCGAGCGUUGGUGUCGCUGUUAACGGUCCGAUCAAAUCGGAAAGAUUUGGUGAGGGAUGAGAAGAGUCUCAUGAGAUUGGUUCAGAUGUUGGAUCCUAAAAUCGAAGUGGUUAGCAAGAAGUUUCCGGUAUCAGUGAUCGGCGCGAUCAUGGCGGGAGGGAGUGAGGGUUGCCGGAAGAGGCUGGUGGUGGCCGGAGCUCAAUUGCAGUUGCAGAGGCUUGCGGAGACGGAGGUCGCCGGAGCUAAGAAGGCGUUGCAGAGACUUUCCGGCAAUCGUCUCCGGAGUAUCUUCAGCAGGACUUGGAGGGAAUAACCACAAAAGUACAUAACCCCCGCCAACAAAGGAGGAGAGGAUUUGGAUUAUUCUAACCGUGGAAAGAAGAAAACUAUUUUUCCGGCAACAAAGGCACACUUCUUAUAUUCCAAGAUUUAUGUUAUAAUCUCGUAAUUUAUGGUUAUUAUAAAACCCACCAAAAAAAAAAAAAUUGUAGUUAUUCUAAAAAUUAUACUAUAUAUACAUAUGACAACGGCAUGGAUACGGUUUUUAGGGAGUAUCCUCAUUUUCUUUAUUUUUUAAUCUUAAUUGAUUGACUGUGGAGAACAAAUUGUGUGAAGAGCAAAGAGUGUUUGAUGUUUUUCUUGUAUUUUAAUUUAUUUAUUUAAAAAAACCCCUUAAAUCAUAUUUGUUUGGUAAUGUACCAUUUAAGGGAGUCGUGAUGUAUUGUAAUAACCAAGUUCUAAUUAGAGUGUGUGUAAACUCUUUUGCUUUGCUUUUCUUGAUAUUAUAUCCAAAUUAUCUUGUGCUUA